GGAGGGAUUGGAUCCCCUCGGCCAGUCCCCGAGCCACGGGAUCAGGCGGCAAGCAGACGGCUGGGGACGCGCGGCGCAGCGCCCAGGUCUGUCACCGCGGACACGCUGCGCGCACCGACCCGGGACGCGGGCAUCUGGGCCGGCGAGCCUCCAAGCCUGCAAUUUCUCGUCCGGUAUCCUCGACUCACCCUGCCCAUUGAGCACCGCCCGGGUGGAGGGCGAUGUCUGCUCGAGCCCGCUGCAGUCUCCGGGAUAGCCGGGCGCCGCUGCUCGCGCCCCUCUGCUGCUUCUCUGCCGCGCUGGGGAUGCUGUGGUCCCCGGUCUCGCAGGCGUUCAACUUGGACGUGGACAAGCUCACCGUGUACAGCGGCCCCGAGGGCAGCUACUUCGGCUACGCGGUGGACUUUCACAUACCUGCGGCUCGCACGGCGAGCGUCUUGGUGGGGGCGCCCAAAGCCAACACCAGCCAGCCUGACAUCGUGGAAGGGGGAGCUGUCUACUACUGCCCCUGGCCAGCGGAGGGUUCCGCCCAGUGCAGGCAGAUACCCUUUGACAACACCAACAACAGAAAGAUCAGAGUAAAUGGAACCAAGGAACCUAUAGAGUUUAAAUCGAAUCAAUGGUUUGGAGCAACAGUGAGAGCUCACAAAGGAAAAGUGGUGGCCUGUGCUCCAUUAUAUCACUGGAGAACUCUUAAACCAACACCGGAAAAGGAUCCAGUUGGUACUUGCUAUGUAGCAAUUCAGAAUUUCAGUGCGUAUGCUGAGUACUCUCCUUGUCGGAACGGUAAUGCUGAUCCUGAAGGCCAGGGUUACUGCCAAGCAGGAUUUAGUUUGGAUUUUUAUAAGAAUGGAGACCUCAUAGUUGGAGGCCCUGGGAGCUUUUAUUGGCAAGGUCAGGUGAUCACUGCCAGUAUUGCAGAUAUCAUUGCGAAUUACUCCUUCAAGGAUAUCCUAAGGAAAUUGGCCGGAGAAAAACAGACAGAAGUGGCUCCAGCUUCCUACGAUGACAGUUAUCUUGGCUAUUCAGUUGCUGCUGGGGAAUUUACUGGAGACUCUCAGCAAGAAUUGCUUGCUGGAGUUCCGAGAGGCGCACAGAAUUUUGGAUAUGUUUCAAUCAUCAACUCUACAGAUAUGACCUUUAUUCAGAAUUUCACUGGUGAACAGAUGGCAUCGUAUUUUGGAUAUACAAUUGCAGUAUCAGAUGUUAACAAUGACGGAAUGGAUGACAUAUUGAUCGGGGCGCCUCUCUUUAUGGAACGCGAAUUUGAGAGCAACCCUAGAGAAGUAGGACAAGUUUACCUGUAUUUGCAAGUGAGUGCACUCGUCUUCAGGGACCCACAGGUCCUUGCCGGCACGGAGGUUUUCGGGAGAUUUGGUACCGCCGUGGCACAUUUAGGAGACCUGAACCAAGACGGAUACAAUGACAUUGCCAUUGGUGCGCCCUUUGCAGGCAAGGGUCAACGAGGCAAAGUGCUCAUUUACAACGGGAACGAGAAUGGCUUAAACACCAAGGCUUCCCAAAUUCUUCAAGGAGUGUGGGCCUCCCAGGCUGCCCCUUCUGGAUUUGGCUUUACUUUAAGAGGAGAUGCCGAUAUAGACAAGAAUGAUUACCCAGAUUUAAUUGUGGGAGCAUUUGGAACAGGAAAAGUAGCUGUUUACAGAGCAAGGCCAGUUGUUACUGUGGAAGCCCAGCUUCUCCUGCAGCCAGUGAUUAUCAAUCUGGAAAACAAAACCUGCCAGAUUCCAGAAUCUACAGCAUCUGUGGCCUGCUUUUCUCUAAGAGUGUGUGCAUCUGUGACAGGCCAGAGCAUUUCAAACAUAAUACGCCUGUCUGCCGAGGUGCAGUUAGAUUCCCUGAAACAAAAAGGGGCCGUUAAACGCACACUCUUCCUUGAUAACCAUCAGUCACAUCGCAUCUUCCCUCUCGUGGUAAAGGGGCAGAAAUCCCUCCAGUGCCAGGAUUUUACCGUUUACCUUCGGGACGAAACUGAAUUCCGUGAUAAAUUAUCUCCAAUCAACAUUAGUUUGAAUUACAGUUUGGACGAAUCCACCUUUAAAGAAGGUCCAGAAGUGAAACCCAUAUUGAACCACUAUAGGGCAAGUGUUGUCACUGAACAGGCUCACAUCUUAGUCGACUGUGGAGAAGAUAACAUGUGCAUUCCUGACUUGAAGCUGUCAGCGAGACCAGAUAAGCAGCAAGUCAUCAUCGGAGAUGAAAACCACCUUAUGCUCCUCAUCAAUGCGAGAAAUGAAGGGGAAGGUGCCUACGAAGCUGAGCUCUUCGUGACCAUCCCAGAAGAGGCUGAUUAUGUCGGGAUUGAGCGCAGCAACAAGGGGGUGCGACCACUGAGCUGUGAGUACAAGAUGGAAAAUGUAACUCGAAUGGUGGUGUGUGACCUUGGGAACCCUAUGGUGGCUGGAACAAAUUCUUCCUUGGGCCUCCGAUUUGCAGUUCCACGUCUUGAGAAAACAAACAUGAGCAUUAACUUCGAGCUCCAAAUCAGAAGUUCCAACAAGGACAACCCAGACAGCAAUCUUGUGAGCCUGCAGAUCAACAUCACGGCUGUAGCUCAAGUGGAAAUAAGAGGAGUGUCCCACCCUCCGCAGAUCGUACUGCCCAUUCACAACUGGGAACCGGAAGAGGAGCCCCACAGAGAGGAGGGAGUUGGACCAUUGGUGGAACAUAUUUAUGAGCUGCACAAUAUUGGACCGAGUACGAUCAGUGACACCCUUCUGGAGGUGGGCUGGCCAUUCUCUGCCCGGGAUGAAUUUCUCCUCUACAUCUUUCAUAUUCAAACUCUGGGACCUCUGCACUGUCAAACAAAUCCUGAUAUCAACCCACAGGAUAUAAAGCCCGCUGCCCCCCUGGAGGACACCCCUGAACUGAGCGCCUUUUUGCGAAACUCCACCAUUCCUCAUCGGGUCAGGAGGAGAGACGUGCCGGUGCUGGAGCCCCACAGACAGAGCCCCGCAAAGAUCCUGAACUGCACAAAUAUCGAGUGCUUACAAAUCUCCUGUGUGGUGGGACGACUAGGAGGAGGAGAAAGUGCUGUCCUGAAAGUCAGAUCACGGCUAUGGGCCAAGACAUUCCUCCAGAGGAAAAAUGAUCCCUAUUCUCUUGCAUCCCUGGUGUCCUUUGAAGUUAAGAAGAUGCCUUAUAAAGAUCAGCCAGCAAAACUCCCAGAAGGCAGCAUAGCAAUUAAAACAUCGGUAAUUUGGGCCACCCCAAAUGUUUCCUUCUCCAUCCCAUUAUGGGUAAUAAUACUGGCAAUACUUCUUGGGUUACUGGUUCUGGCCAUUUUAACCUUGGCUUUAUGGAAGUGCGGCUUCUUUGACAGAGCCAGACCCCCCCAAGAUGACAUGACCGACAGGGAACAGCUGACCAAUGAGAAAACCCCUGAGGCGUGAAAAGGAAAACCACAGACCACAAAAACACCAACAACCCUGGUCCAGUUCAAAGAGGGUCAUGAGAGUUCAACCAGGGUGUGCGUGUACCUGCCGACAUCCUAGGAAACGGAAGCCCCACCCCCCGAGGGAAGCACCACCUCACCUACACUGUGCUUUGGAGAAUUUGCCCUGGAUCCCAGUGACCCUCUGCAGAAAGGAUGCAUCCUGGGGAACAGGGAAACAAUCAGCCAUCGGGUCAUCUGCUUCAGUCCUUCUGUAUCUGGCAGACGCUUUGAAAUGGGUGUGGGGACGUGAGGUUGCUGUCCAGGUCAAUGCCACCCAUGUCUCAAAGACAAAAGUCUGAGUGAUGAUCGAACUGAGGACAUGAACUGGACCAAACCUUCCCACACUACUGUAUCCAGCGGAAUAUUUGACACCUCCCUCCAGAAAAGAAAUGUUUCUAAUGACACUGCAGCUCAGGGAGACAAGCAUAUGCUGUUGGUACUGUGAAAGAAUUUUAGAAAUGGCCAAGAGAGUCUUUGCAAGUGGGGGUGACGAUUUAUUUAUUUAUUUCCCCUGGCUCUGGGCAGAUCCGCUAGAGGAAUCAGAAAUGCAGAUUUGAUUCGCUGGUUUUCAAAAUCUCUUACAAAAUGUCCUUCCAAGAUAACCGUUUCGUGCAGAAUUCGUCCUUUAAUGGAGCUUCUUCAGGAUUUAGAGAGUGUUGAGGAGAAGCCAGUUAGUAUUAGAAGACCGUCUCACUCAACACCUUGCUGCCUUUGACCUGAACUUGCUUUUAUUCACACCUGCCAGGGACUUGCGUCUGCUUAAUUUAGCUUUGCAAAAAGUUUCAGUGAUAUUUCCUUUUACAAAACACUAAUCUUUCCGUGCACUUAAUUAGCAAGAUACAGAUUUCAAGAGACUCUCAACCUUGGGGGGAGGGGGUGUUUAAAAGUGAAAUUCCUGGAGUCCAAUAAUAAAAAAGCAAUUUAGUAAUUUGGGGCACAUACUAUUGUUAAUAUCUGUAAAAGGCAACACCAGUAUUUAGCUUGGGAUUAAAUACCUACUUUUUUUUCUACUAUACCUCAAACUUACACUCACAGAGAAGACAGGUUCAACAUCAUAAGGAAGAGGAAAUGUCAAGUUAGGCAGACGUGAGAUGCACCUAGAAAAAGUUUUCCUAAGAAUUUUAUUUAGAAUUGCCUACUCCAACUUUACUGUUCAUUUUUACUGUUCAUCUUUAUAGUACCCAACUUUGGAAAAAUAACUUAACUUAGGCUAUUUUCCCAUCAUCUUGAAUUUAACCAUCACUGAAACUUGAUGUUGAAAACUCCUGUAAAUAAUCCAUAACCGUGUGUAACAUUAUCGUUUUUAAGUAAAAUUGACCAGCCAAGUUUCUACAGUCUGCACAAUUUUGUAUCCUUUUUAUGACAAUGAAAAAUGAUUAUGAAGAAAUGCUGAACAAAUUUUAUAUUUAUGUGCAAUACUUUAUAGACCUAUGUAUCAAAAGCAUGUUUACACUGGCAUUAGUAUUUUUUUUAAAUUAAUAUCCCGAAGCAUAAGUGCGAUAGAACCAGCAGACCAAAACCCUUCAGUUUACAAAGCAGCUGGAAAAUUUAUGUCCCAAUUUCAACAAUCACACUCUAUUUGAAAGAUGAGCCAAACUCACAGACACUAAAUUUUCGGUCAUGCCUUAACCUGGAGUCGAGCCAUUUGGCCACAGCUGCACAACUUCUUUAGAAACCAAAUGAAAGGCAGAUGGACAAAUACACGAAACGGUUCAUAUUCUGCCUGCUUGUGAAUUCGAUCCUGUCAUGGUAGCACUGUCAGGGCUGUGGGGGACCGAAGACUGGCCCCCAGCAUGUGUGGUUGACUGGAGGAGAACUGCAAACAGUUCAGAGAGUUUGAGGGUCGCACCCCCCUCCCCACGAAGGCCUGCAGUGUUAGGUGUCUGGGGACAGUGGUUCACAGGGAGGUGGCUGCCUAUCUCAAGGAGAUAACCUGAGGGCUAUUUCUCCAAUUGUGUCAUGUACACUGGUCUCUCUCUGCCCCAGCUCUUGUCAUCAUGCCUGACUUUUGGCCAAGAGAGAAUAAGUCCUCAAGAUUUUUGGUCCUAAAGGAUCCUUGUUGCCUUUCAAGCUCACCUCUGUGAAGGGACUCAGAACUCUUAGAGUCAGGUCAUACAGACAGUUGGAGGCAACUCCAGAUGCCAGGAGCAAGACUGGGAUCCCGCACAGAGCAAGGGAUGAGGGCUUUAAAGGCACACUGCAGCAUCCUCAUAGGCUCACCCAAAAAUGGUCCCCCUACUAGGGGGACAGGCACUGCUACCUACAGACAUUUCACAGAGGGGGGUCAAGGUGCACGGUGGCCUUCUCUGCCACUUUGGAUGUGCAAAUGGAGAAAGGGGGGCCAACUGAGGUCAGGAGAACCCUCCAAUCAUCAGUUCUGGAGUGUCCCUCCACAUGGAGAAUAUUCUAAUCACGCACUGAGUGAAUCUGCUCAUAUAAAGCCAUUCCCUUUCAAAGUUCCCUGGUGAACCAGUGGGUUAAGGACCUGGCAGUGUCACUGCAGCAGCCCGGAUCACUGCUGUGGUGUGGGUUUGAUCCCUGGCCCGGGAACUUCCACAUGCCAAAGAUGCAGCCAAAAAAAAAAAAAAAAAAAAAGGAGCCAAUCACUUUUAUAAUACAUAAUGUAUCUUGCUUCUCUUAGAAUCUGUAUUUCAGACAUGCCUUUUGAAAUUCUAGCAGCUGAUUUUUAAGACAUGGGAAAAAUAGGCAAAUCAAGUUUUAUAAACUUGGAGAUUUUUAUAAAGUAAAUAACCUGGACUGGUCACCCCUGAAGCCCCACUCUUUGAACUCAACUCUUUUCUUGUUUUAUUUAAGUAUGAAUGUAGGUAUCUGUGAAGAUUUUCAUGUACCUAUUUACCUUGUCACUAAUAAAAUGAAAACUUAAAGACA